AUGCCUGCGUUCCAUUUUCAUUAUUAUUAUGGAGUUAUUACAGAUCCAAUUAAUAAUCAUAAACAACAUCUGACUGAUUCUCAUAGAAUAGAAGUGAUUAACAAUUAUCGUCAAUGGGAGAAAACAACAUUAGAUGAAAAACACAAUCCAUUCUAUAAAACUAUUUCGACUACUGUUAAACCUCGAGUUAAACAACAAUCAGACAAAUUAUUAAUUGGUUUAAAACCAAUUACAUUACGAGAAAUGAACUCAAGAAAAGAUCAUGUUUAUACUGGACGUGUACUUUCUGUAACGAUUAUUGAAGAAACAUUAUCAUGGAUACCAUCAAUUCAUCUGGUCAUCGAAGAUGCAAACUUUGAUUGUGAGCGAAUGCUCAUUUAUGGAAUUCUGGAAGAAGAGGGAGCAAAUGAUAUGAAACCAUCGAUUCGUGUUGAUGAUAUUUCUUCAAUUGUAAUGCAAAGUAAAUCUGAAUGGAUAUUAAAUAUGUGUCGAUAUUGCUGCGAAGCAGGUGCAUCGAAGUCUUGUGGUAAAUGGAGGCAAGCUGAUUAUUGUUCAAAAAAAUGUCAAACCAAGGAUUGGAAAUUAUAUAAUCAUAAACUUAUUUGUAAAAGUUAA